AUGAAUAACAAACGAAAAAAUCGACAAGGGCCGCCGAGGUCGCCGCGCGGCCGCGUGGUAGCCGAGGGCGUGUACAGCAACGCGCACUUCAUGCACGCGGCCACGUCCCACGUGGGCGACAUCGUGCAGGUGCUCACGCAGUCGGGCAGCCUCUGGGAGGGGGUCUUCAAGACCUUCAGCGCUCAGUUCGAGGUGGUGUUAGAGGUAGCUCAUCGCGUUGACCAGGAGGGCGUGGUGGCCGUCGAGUCCGUUGUGGAGAAGCUGAUAUUCAAGCCGCAGGACGUGGUCUCCAUCCGGGCCAAGGACUCCGACCUCGAGUACGCCACGCAUGAUGUGUUCCAGACCGACACAGCGAUCAGCAAGUUUAAUGGUAACGGGCGCAACGCCGAGGAGCGCCACCUAGAGCCGUGGGACGGGUGCGAGGCGGAGGCGGGCGACGCGCCCACGCUGAACGGCGACGCGCGCCUCGACGAGCUCGAGCUCGACCACCGCGCCAACGGCUGGGACGCGAACGACAUGUUCCGCAAGAACGAGGAGGUGUACGGCGUGCACAGCACCUACGACCACUCGCUGGCCGGCUACACGCUGCCGCUGCAGCGCAAGGACACGCAGGACUACAGAGAUGCAGAGGCUAAGGCAGAGGAAAUUGCAGCUGAGAUUGAGAGCACGCCUUCGUACAAGGCGCGCAUAGAGUUGGAGAAUGGGGAUGAAGAGGAGAGAUUCGCGGCCGUGGUCAGGCCCGGCGAAGGCAACGGCGCUGGCAAAUACGUCAUACCGAAUAAACGGAAGAACUUGCAGAGCGGUAAACUGGUAAAGCCGUCGCCGGGCAACGGAGGGGGCGCGUCACCGGGCGCCGGCAAGUCCGGCAACUUCCCCCACGGGCCGCACGGACCGCACGCACCGCAUGGACCGCACGGCCCGCAUGGUCCCCACGGACCGCACGGACCUCACGGCCCGCACGGUCCGCACGGGCCCCACGGCGGCCACGGGCCGCACGCGCCCCACGGGAACCACGGCCCGCCCAAGGACAAGGAGCACCGCCCGCCCCGCCACCACCUCACCCCGCCCUCCGAGCGGCGGCAGGAGGAGGCGCCUUCGAGCAACGGCGGGGCGGCAGGCGGCGCGAACAACGCCGGCGGCAAGAGCUAUGCGGCGCAGGCGGGCGGCGGGGGGGCGGCUGCCGCAGGGGGCUACCACGCCCCACCACCAUUCCCCCACCACGCCCAACCAUCAACCGGGAAGCUGAACGGUGACCCCAGGGCAGCCCCGCUCCCGAGGCAGGGCUUCCCGCCACAUCACCAUCAUCAGAGCCCGGCGGGCGAGAAUCGAGCGCGCACGCACGCGCCCGCGGAGCCGCGCGAGCGGCGCAACGACGAAGUGCAGGAGCUGCGCAAGUUUGGGCAGGAGUUCAAGCUGGUGUCGAGCGGUGCCCCGCUCCAGCAUCAGCACCAGCACCAGCAGCAGUCGCAGCACCAGCAGCAACCGCCGCACCAGCACCAGCACCAAGCACCGCAACAGCACCAAGCUCCGCAGCAGCAGCCGCAUCAACCGCACCAGCCGCCCGCCAAUCCCCAGCCGCCGCUGCCGCCGCCGGCGCCCAGCCCGCCCGAGGUGUCGGCCAACGCGGGCUCGCCCUCCGACCCGCCCAAGCGCGAGCGCCCGCCCAAGCAGCACUCGCCGCCCGCCGCCCACAAGGGCGCGGCGGAGGAGGGGCCGGCGGAGGAGCGAGGCGCUUCGCCCUGCGCGUCGCCCGCCAUGGAGCGCGCCGCCGCCACGCUCAAGAAGUCCACGCUCAACCCCAACGCCAAGGAGUUCAACCCCAGCGCCAAGCCCUUCACUCCGCGCAGCCCCACCACGCCCAACCCCAGCAGGCCGCACACGCCCGGCACGCCCGUGGGCCUGGGCGUGGGCGUGGGCAUGGGGCUGAGCGGCGUGGGCGUGGGCGUGGGCGUGGUGGGCGCCGGCGUCAGCUACGUGCCGGCGCCGCACCCGCCGCCGCCGCACAUGGUGGCAGCGGUGCCAGCGUACGCGAUGGUGGCAGCGGCGGCGGCCGCGGCCCAGCAGCCACCGGCCUACCUGCCACACCCUCACCCGAUGGAGAUGGCUUGCGAGUGCCGUCAGUUCGCGCCGCCCAUACUGGUCGUGCCGGACAAGAGGGACCGUCACGAAGCGGUGAGCUGGGACGGCCCUGGAACUUUCUGGAGCGUUCCAGAACGUUCUAGAAUGUUC